CAGCAGGAGCUCAGACAAAGAUCCAGACUCCAGACUGAAGCUCGCUCACAGCAGCAGGAUGUUGUGUCCCAGCGUCUUCCAGCCGUCCGCCCUCGCCGCCAGGCCUUUCUUGGACCUGCACUGGCCCGUCCGUAGCCUUUGGCCCGAGACCCGGCCCAUCUUCUAUCAAAUGGAGCAGGAAAUGAUUCGCCACCUGCAGGAGAUGAAGCAGAGCAUGGAGUACAUGGAGCGACUCCACCAGAAGAUCUUCGACGAGAUCGACCACGGCGCGUCCAGGGGGGCGUUCUCGCCCAUCUCCUACCAGGAGACGGCUGGGGACGGCGGUAGCUUCGCCCUCAGCCUGGACACCCAGGACUUCCUGCCCCAGGAGCUGUCAGUGAAGCAGGUGGGCAAGAAGUUGAGGGUGAGCGGGCGCACGGAGAAGAAGCAGGAGGACGGGAAGGGCUCCUACUCCUACAGGUGUCAGGAGUUCAGGCAGGAGCUGGAUUUACCCGAGGGCGUUGACCCCGAGGCCGUCAGCUGCACCCUGGUGGGAGGACGCCUGCAGAUCCAGGCCCCGCGCCACACAGCACUGCAUGAUGGGAAGGAGAGGGUUGUCCCCAUCAGCGUCACCUCUGCGCCGGCCAUCACCUCCUCGUCCAGUGUGGUGACCCAGUCCGGCAGCUGCUCCUCCUCCUCCUCCUCCUCCUCCUCUGAGAAUGCUCCUGCGGAGAAGAACUGAUUCUCCUCCAAAUGUUCCUGGGACUGUUUUCUGAGACAAAGUCAAAUAUCUCAUCUGUUAACCUAUCUUUGAUGAAGCACUUUUGAUUUUUAAAAAAAUAAUAAAACUCCUCCAUGUCA